AUGGAAACAAAAGUACUGCUGAGCUCAAUAUUUAAAGGUCUACCACUGGAUCGGAUUGAAGUUGUGUACCUUUUUCUCUCAAUGUUAAGACAGCAGGUUGUGUGCAACAAAGGCAUCAGCAAGAAAGCUAAAGUUGCAUUCUUCAAUUCAUAUUCUCUUGGUCAGAUUGCAAGGCUAUUCGAUCGACGUGGUGAACAGAUAGAAAUUAUCGAUGAGUCUGAUGAUGACAUAACUGAGUCACGACUUACUCCACUUGAACAGUUCGUUCGAGGUAUUUUGAUGGAACUUUGUUGCUCACAUCAGACAGGAAUUGCGUUUCAUUGCAAGCAGCCUAUCUCACCAGGACGUACAAACAAUCCUGUUCUACUUCGCUUUGUCAAUCAACUUUCAGCUCCGUGGGAAGAUGCAUUACUAAGUGAUCUCAUAGUUCGUAUUCUGACAACAUGUCCUGACUUGGUGCAUCCCUUUUUUGGUCGUUCUUUGCUGACACUUGAGCCCCGAGCCUCGCAUUCAUGGUUUUCACUUAUUAACUUUCUCAUGAAGGUGUUGACUGAUGUGACUAGCCACACUGUAGUGAUGAAGGCUGGGAUACCUUAUCAUCCGAACAAGCUUGUCCCAUAUAUCAAAAGCUUGAUUUCUCCUCCUUUGGUAUCUAGGGCAGCUCUUGCACGUGGCAUUCAGCAUAAAAUUGAAGCAAUUCGUUAUGCAUGUGUUACUUUGCUCUUUGUAAUACUGAAGAAAGCACUGGAAGUUAAGACAGCCUGUGAUCGGAUUGCACAUGAUGAUGAGAGAUGGGGGAACUCAAAGGACAGUAUUCCAACAGAAGGAACGUUUUUGUACGAAUUUCUUGAAGAAAUACGGAAGAUGCUCCCAGAUAUUAAUAUUCUAAUUUCAGCACGACAUAAAGCAACAUCUGCUCUUUCAUGCUCAGACCAGAUUAUGUCAGUCUGUUUGGAAGAAGACGAUCUCACUAUUGCAUGUAUGACACUUGAUAUGUCUGUACAUCCCGUACAGUAUGUUGUCAGAAUUCUUAAGGCAAUGGUUUGCUAUCAGUCUCUUCUGCCUGAUUCGUUUGUUUCUGUUGGUUACGACUUGGGAAAAUUGAUUCAAGACAGCACGCUGCUUACAGGUGGGUCAUCGGUGCAGUUGGUUGUGUUGGAGCUUCUGGAAGGCAGUCAUCCUGAUACAUUUCGAUGGCUGGAGGCUGGUACUCAUGAUGUGCUUGUGUCAGUUCUGGAACUGGUUUUGUCAUCAAGUACAAAAGUGUCUGUUGCAGCAUUGAGUUUACUGAAAAAGAUGUUGCUGCAGACUGGACUGUUUGAUCACAACCCGAACGAGGUGUUCAUCUGGCUCGAACAGCUAGCACAUUUACAUACUUAUCGAAAAAAAGAAGUCUCGUUAGAUAUCCUAUCUUGGUUGGCACAAAUUAUCAAACAGACAGCAAAAGAUCCACUGAGUGCAAUCGAUGAAAUCUUAACAGUUCAGUCGGAAAUGCAUCAUUCUACAGCUAUCACCAUGGAUAGAAAAACAAUGUUUGAAGUUGAUGCUGUGAUGAAUACAGAAGAUGUGCAUGAAGAGUUGACUGUUGAUGGAGUGUCUGGUUCAUUCUCGGGCUUGCAAUUCACACCUCUGUUGGUAACAGCUCUUCAUCAGUAUACAAUGGUGCUACAGCAGGCCCUAACAACAUCAGCUGUCUUUCCUGAAUGGAGUCUUGCUACAUUUGUAGGAUCUGUAGUAUUAUGUACACUACACACACUGUCUGACAUGCAGACAUUAGGUCAUAUUGUUACUCAAUCCUACUCUGUGCCAUUUGUGUCAGACUUAGAUGACACGAGAAGACAGUAA